GAGAGAGAGAGAGUAAUUGAAAGUGUGCCAAGUUUGAACAGAAAAAGAGAGAAAGAGACAGGUUCUUGAUCGUGAGGAAUUCUGCCUUGACAAAGAUCUAUCUUCACCUGCAGCAGACAUCGCCAUAGUGACUGAGUACAUCACAACAGAUUGAGUUACCAAACACUUUGUUUGUGGAGGUGGAAUGUCAGACUGAACCUCCAAACACAAAGUCAGUAGGAACACAGACAGAACUGACACAGAUAUCUGUUGGCACACAGCUAUCUACUGGUACACUGAAAGAAACACACAGUAGGAGCAAAGGAUCACAAGCAACAGUUUCUUUAGAAAGUGUUGGCACAGAAACCACUACAGCUCUUUAUGAUCUACCAUUUUCAUCUACACCUGUAAAGCCUACUGGAUUUCGACCACUUAAAAGACCUAGACUGGAGUUGGAGGAAGAAGAGGAGGAGGAGGAAGAAGAGGAAGAAGGGUCAGUGAGAGAACCUCAUGACUCAACCUUUAAUCCUGGUGACUCUACAAUAUCUGAGGAAUCUGAAAUUUCGUUUGUGCAGAGGACAAUCUAUGGUGAUAACAAGUUCAUUGUGUUUGAAACCUGUCUGCGUGAGCUGUUUGCCACAUGCCCGAUUUGUAAAAACAAGUGUGACGUGAGUUUACGCCGGAUGGGUACAGAUGUGGCAUUCCACCAGCUUUGCCCCAAGUGUAGUUACCAAAGGCAAUGGGAGAGCCAGCCCACUGUUGGUAGCAUGCCGGUCGGAAACCUUCAGUUGUCUGCAGCCACUUAUUUUACCAGAGGAUCAUUCAUCCAAGUACAAAAGAUUUGCAAGGGGAUGCAAUUACAAAUUUUUACGUACAAAACCUUCCGGAGACAUUGCAGGAGCUUCCUGGAGCCUGCCAUAAUCCACAAAUGGAAAAGUGAACAACAAAACCUUUUCCAGAAGUUUAGACAGAGUGGAAAGAUUGGCCUCGCCGGAGAUAUGCAUGCAGACUCACCCGGACAUUCAGCGAAAUAUGGUAGUUACACGUUGAUGCACACCGAGAGCAACACCAUUUUGGACACACAACUUGUUCAGAGCAAUGAAGUCGGCGGGAGUUACCAUAUGGAGAAAGAAGGUCUAAAGAGAUGUCUUGAUCAUCUGGAGUCCAGUGGCUUAACAGUCGACUACAUUGUGACUGACCGUCACCCUCAGAUACAAAAAUAUUUGAGAGAACGCAACAUAAUACAGUUUUACGAUUUGUGGCAUUUUGAAAAAGGUCUGUCAAAGAAGCUUGAGCAACUUUCCAAAAACAAAGAGUGUGAAGUUCUGAAGAAGUGGCUUCGUAGCAUAAGGAACCAUGUAUACUGGAGUGCCAUAACUUCUACAACAGGACCAGAGAAAUUGGCUAAGUGGACAUCAAUUCUGAAUCACAUUCAGAAUGUGCAUGUACACAAGAACCCCAUCUUCCCAAAGUGUGCCCAUCCAGACCGUGUGUCCAAGAAUCCAAAGAAAUGGUUUAAUCCAGCAUCGCUGGCACUCCACAAAGUAGAGAAGAUUCUCUGCAACAAGAGGGUCCUUAAAGAUGUGGAAAAGUUAAGUCACCACUUUCAGACAUCAUCGCUGGAGGCUUUCCACAGCUUAAUUUUGAGGUUUACACCCAAAAAUGUAGUAUUCCCUUACAUGGGAAUGUUGUGCAGAUUGUAUCUUGCAGUUCUACACCAUAAUGAGAACACUGGUCGAGAACAAGCAACAACUGCAACAGGGAAACCAGUCUACAAAGUGGUGUUUCCAAAGUCUAAAAAGGGAGAACCCAUUGCAAGGCCAUUAAAAACAGAGGCUACAAACAAUUAUGUGGAUGACCUAAUGAGGCUCGUCUUUGAGGAGGUUAUCGUCGACCCAGCACCUUUUGUUGAGGAGCUACAGGCAAUUCCUGUUCCUAUUUCCUAUUUUCCGGCUCCAAUUUCUGCCGAGUUCGAGAGACCCUCAAAGGAGGAAACAAUUGCCCGCCAUUUCUCCCGGUUCAGUCGAGAGGUGGCCGAAAGCCGACGUAGUGACCAGCCAGAUCUGGAAACUCCUGGCGUAUCCGGGAUACAACACAGGAAGGAAUGACCACACGGACAUGUCGACCUAAGAAGCCCCAGCACCAGCUAACAAAGCUCCGAUAUGCCAAAUGACGGAAUUGCCUAUAUUACAAAGAUAAAACAUUCUUAGUAUAUGGCAAGAAUUCGAAAUUUCUAUUUGUACAUAAAAAUAUAUCUGUUUACAUAUAAAGUUUAUUUUAUUACAAGUUUGGAGUCAUUGAGUGUCAUUUAGAGCCAAUUAAAGUUGUGGUUAUAUUCAGAUUUUAGAUUUAAUUAAUUCUGCUAAUUCUUAUUGCAAACUUACUCCUCU